AAACUUCUGGAAAUCUGUCUGCGAUGGAAGUAGAAACUCCCAAUAAUGAGGAAAUUGAAUCAUCAUCCGAGAAAUGAUUACAAGGAGUUUUUGGAGCUGAGCUGUAUCUUUUUGGGUGGUAUCAAAAGUCAUAGAGCCGAAUUUAAAGCACCUGGUGCUUUUCAUCACGCACGGUGGUUAUCGAAAGCUCUCUAUUGCUUGAAAAUAUAUAUGUUUAGAAACCAGUUUAAAAUGGGAGCAAACGAAAAAAAAAUUUUGCAGAAAAUAUGUGUUUUCAUCGUAAUAUUUUAUGUAAAAAUAUGGUUUACUGCUCUUAAUGCAAUAAAUGCUCCAAACUCGGAUUUGCAAUUAGUAAAAGAUCUUAUUGACUACAGAAAAAUACAUCCAGAAAUUGCAAAUGCAGCACUCGAUAAAUUGUCUCGGCAUUUGUGGUACUUACACGAAAAUCUUGCUUGCUUAGCUCUUUUUGAUGAAACUGUGUCAGUAGAAGAAAAAGUAAAGAUCGUACAAAAAAUAAAUUCCCAGGUAGCGGUCAAAAAGCCUAAUAAACGUUUAUCAGUCGCUUAUGAAGAAAUAACGUCGUUAUCUGAGAAAAACAUAAGCGAUUUUGUUAAUCCAAACUCGUUGUUUAUUUUUGAACAAUUUGAGCUCCCCUAUGAAUUUUUGCAUACAGAUCCAAGUUUGUGGGAAUCAAAUCUUGAGUAUAAACGAUGUUAUGAUACAUUCAAAAAGUUAAAAGUAGUAAACGAUACUGCGGAAAGAGGAGUAGCGCUAGCCGAAAGUUUUAAUGAAGUAUUGACUUAUAACGAAGAUGAAAGACAAAGAAUUUUUCAAACUGUUCAGCACCAUCGAUCUCAAUACACAUCGUGUAAAAAAUCACAAUAUAUUGACAAUGAAUUAAUCUAACAAUUCAUUUUUCUGCUUUCAAUAAUAAUUAAUUGGUAUUGUUGUUUUUA